UCAGGGUUAUCAGAGAUGGAGAAGCUGCUGAUAGCAUCGCGGUACAAAACAUCUUAGACAGCAUCUCUCUGACGUUGAUACGUAUGAAAACCUGAGACGUUCAGCCAGCAGACACCAUUGCAUCCUUGGCAAGAAUAAGUGGAGUGGCUAAGUAAGUUUUUCCGGAGCGUCUGUUUCUGUAUUUUCGUGGAAUAAUCUUGGAAGUGUAGUUUCGAGUACUUCUUCUUCGAAGACAAAUUACAAUCUCAGAACUUCUUUUAAUGGUAAUGAAGCGUCGAAAAUUGUAAAAGUGUACAUCCCACGUUCGGCCCCAUUAGCUGCACGAAUCCCCAGUAAUGAGUACUUUUCGUUAAUAGCAAUUGUCUAGACAUGCAAUGUGUCCCCUGUACCAGUUCAAAAUGAAUUAGUGAAAAUGAAUUAUAAAACCAGUCAUCUGACCAAUUGAUUGCUAAUUGCAAGUGCUGCAGAUACCAUCUAAAUAAAUUGAAUUCAACCUAUUUCCUAAGUGUACAAGCCCCGUGACCACCAUUUUAUUGUGCCAAGUUUCAGUGCUGUGUAAUAAAGUCCCGUGUUCAAGUGAAUGAAUUGUUCGUCUGCAUAAAUUUGAGUAAUUAUAACUGAAUUCGCAGCUUAAAAGCCGAUUCUAAAUUGAAAUUUAAAAAAUAAUAUGCGUACGAGCUAAGAUGAAUAAUAUCCUCACUGGAACCUCGGCCCCCAUAGAUUUCGCUCUAAACGCCUUAAAUGAUUCGGAAAGUGUUUUAUCCAAUAAUUUGACAAACUUGUCUGCGGCAGUGUCUACGAUAAGAGCUAUCUCGGACGCUUGGAUACCUGCACUCUUAUCUUCCACAGCAUCACCGGAAUCGACCUUGCCGAAUACCACCUCAUAUUAUGAAGAUGACGAAUUUAUGGAAUUAUCAGCCUGUGAUCCUUCGAACAUCGCGUUCAAUUGCUCUGUCGAAGAGUUCCUUAUUUAUGCUCGAGGACCACAGACACUACCGCUCUUUGUGGCAUCAUUGGUCACAAUACUUUUUGUGGGAAUUUUCGUGACAGGAGUCGUUGGGAACGUUAUCGUUUGUGUAGUGAUUGUUAGACAUUCUACAAUGCAUACUGCAACGAAUUAUUAUUUAUUCAGUUUAGCGGUAUCCGAUCUCAUGUUCUUAUUAAUGGGACUACCAUAUGAAAUUAGUUUGUAUUGGCAUCAGUAUCCUUACAACAUGGGUCUGGCGUUCUGCAAGAUUCGAGCCUUGAUAUCUGAAGCGUCAACGUAUGUCUCCGUUCUCACCAUAGUGGCAUUCUCGAUGGAACGAUUCCUGGCCAUAUGUCAUCCCUUACAUCUGUACACAAUGAGUGGAUUUAAGCGUGCUGUAAGGAUUGUGGCAGCUCUUUGGAUUGUAAGUUUCGUGAGUGCUUCACCGUUCGCCGUAUUCACAAAAAUCGACUAUCUGAAAUAUCCAAUGGAUAAUUCGACGAUAUUAGAUUCAGCUUUUUGUGCGAUGCUGGAGAACCCGCCCGGCUUUCCCCUCUGGGAACUGUCCUCGUGCCUGUUCUUUGUAAUUCCUAUGAUUCUUAUAGUGAUAUUAUAUGGACGCAUGGGAUGCCGCAUCAGGUCCAGGACACGACACAGUAUAGCAUUGGGUGUUCAGCAAGGGUCAAUGCAUAAGGAGUCUAGGCACCAACAAUCACGCAAAGCUAUUAUUCGAAUGUUGGCGGCGGUAGUUAUCACGUUCUUUGUGUGCUGGGCGCCUUUCCAUGCGCAGCGGCUUAUGUACUUAUACGCCCGGGAUUGGGUGCAUUUUCAGGAUGUCAACACUUGGCUGUUCUCUGUCGCCGGAUGGUUUUAUUACGUCUCCUGUACGAUAAAUCCAAUCCUUUACAAUGUGAUGUCACGUAGAUACAGGGUCGCUUUCAAGGAAACUCUUUGCGGACGGAAGAAGGGCUAUUACCAAAAUAACGGAUUCGCGAGGGAGCAGUCGAGCUUCCGCGAAACAACUGUUGCUUCUACUGGUUACGAUGGUGCACAUUUGGUUCGUGUGCGAUCUGUUCGAAACUCCCACUAUAAAGAUCGGGACUCCGUGAAAUCGAACCUUCUUUGGCGAAGUAAUACCAUAGGGAGCAAACCAAAUUUAAAGAAAGACGAAAUCUCACUCAUUCCCAAUGCGAAUAGUACAAAUGUCGUAGUCAUGAUGGAAAUGAAUGCAAAUGGACGACCAAAAGUUUAUACCGAAUCUAGCGCACAAGAGCACAAGAAAGAUGAGACUUAUAUAUAAUAUAAAAAGAUAAUGUUAGUGUCAAUAUUUCUGUAAUAUGUCUGCAUAACUUUUAAAAUAUCUAGUAAUAAUUUAAAUAUAAAUAUCCUCUGCAUUCGCUGUACAUAACUCUUUGGAUAAUAUUGUAUAUUUAAUAAGAAUAAAGAAUACG